ACACACACACGCCUCAUCUCCUCCAGCAGAGGAUCAGAAGGAGGGAGAGUUGAAGUGACAGAGGCGCAACAUCAGCAUCACUGACAAGCAUCUUCCCACUGGGGGAGAGAGGGAGGAAGAGAUAGAGGGAGAGAGAGAGGUGGGAAGAGUGAAGAGAAGAGAAAGGAGAGAGAGGAACAGUGAGAGGAAUAAGUUUAUAGGUGGAGGGAGGACCAGUGUGGGAGAGCUCGGAGGGAGAGAGCUUGGUGGGUGGCAGUGGGGGACUGGGUGCUCCAUCAAUUUCCCCCUUGUUUCUUUCAGCCUGUGAGCGCUGCCUGCCUCCGCUCCUCUUCCUCCUCCUCUUCUUCCUCCUCUCCGCUCCUCUCCUCUUCUCACCCAGGCUCUCCUCUCCCAGCUCCCGCCGUGGGGUCUCAGCUCUCCGUCUCCCUCCCCCCCUCCCUCAUCCCCUACCUCCCGCGGGCGCUGCUGGGAGCCUCCGGGCUGCUGCGCCGCAGGAGGAUGUCUCGCCGGGAGUCUCCGCCGCCCUCGCCGCCUCCGCCGCCGCAGCUGCUGGGAGUGCAGCGGGGGGAGGACCGUCCGGAGCGCGCCGAGCCGCUGUCCGACGCCGAGCGGGAGAUCAUCCAGGGCACGUGGGGGCUGGUGUACAAGAACUGCGAGGACGUGGGGGUGUCCGUGCUCAUAAGGUUCUUUGUGAACUUCCCGUCAGCCAAACAGUACUUCAGCCAGUUCCAGGACAUGGAUGACCCAGAGGAGAUGGAGCGAAGCAGCCAACUUCGGCACCAUGCCCGCAGGGUGAUGAACGCCAUCAAUACUGUGGUGGAAAACCUCCAUGACCCAGAGAAAGUGUCUGCAGUGCUGGCCCUGGUGGGGAAGGCCCAUGCUAUCAAACACAAGGUGGAGCCCAUGUAUUUUAAGAUCCUGAGCAGCGUGAUGCUGGAGGUGUUGGCUGAAGAUUUCCCUGAAUUCUUCACAGCAGAGGUGCAGAUGGUGUGGACCAAACUGAUGGCGGCAGUGUACUGGCACGUCACAGGGGCCUACACAGAGGUGGGCUGGCUCCAGGUCUCCAGCUCAGCGGUUUGAAGAAUCAAGGAGAAGAGGAGGGUAAAGGAGUUUCCAAUGGACUUAAUGAAAUGAAAAAAGUUAAAUGAUGUGUUGGUGAUCAUGUAAAAUGCGGAAGUAGACCAGUGUGUUGAAAGGAUUGUGUGAUGAUGUUCCAUAGACAUGGAUGAGAUUAACGUGGUAAUCCGUGCAACUCUGUUCUUUCCUUUGGUGACAAUUUGGUGCUAAACCUUCGUUGCUGUGGUUUGUCUGCAUUGCACUUCCCAGAAACCACUUGAAUACAAACAAUGUAGCCACAUGUCAUUUAACCUUGCUUAUGAAAUAUUAGUUUGUGUAAGUGGUGCUUUGGAGUGUAUUUACAGCCACUGAGGCGAUCAGUGCUUCGAUCCUGUUCUGUCCUCUUCAUUCUAAAAACUCUAAAAACUGCUACCAAAACCAUGUAAUACUUCACUUCCUCUGUAGCACGGGAUCUUCGCCAUAAACAAUAGAAGUCCUCAGACAAAUACAAAAGCUUUAAUGGACUAGUAGAUGUUUUUCUUUGCAGGUCUGUAACUUUCAUUGACAAUAGACCUUUCAAUAGGCUGGUCUGUUACUGGGCCUGUCAAGCUUUCCAGUUUAGCAUAGCACAUAAACGUUACAAUGAUAACAGACUACCAAUUUAAAUUCUUUGUAAUUUCUUGACUACAGACAGAGAUAAACAAAAGCAGGCAAAUAAUUAGCUAAAUGACUUUGCCAUUUGUAAUACAAUUAUUGGUAGCAGGUUUCUGCUGGCAUGCCAUGCCAGCUGCAAGUUUACAGUUUAAAUAGCUGUCUCAGACUGACUUCUAAAAGGUUUAGAAAACCCUGUGAAAUGGUCUCACAUAUCCACUUAAAGGUUUUGAUCAAGCUAAAACUAAUGGUACAUGAUUUAUGUAGAAGAAAUGAAAAUAAGUGAGCAAUAGCAUUAUGCAGAAGCAUGAAAGAUACAAAUCAAAGGAAAACUAUUGUAUUCUAGUAAAUUAUUUUAAAGGAAAAUGGAAAAGGACCUGGCUCCCAUACUUGGAAAAUACUACAAAAUGUAACUACAACUUGUAACUGGUUAAUAAUGGUUGUUUGAGGUCACUACUGUAUAUAGUAGGCUUGUUAGGAAGACAUGCUGAUGUUUAGAGCAGUUUCUAUACUGUUAAGCCAUUCCAAGGCUUGACAAGCAUGCUACCUAAGCUAUGACUGGACAAUCUCUGUUCAGGGUAGGGUUUUCCUGAAUGUUCACUUGAGGAUGUCAGACAGACAUUUAUUUAAACAGAAAUGUUUGCGGAUUAUUACUUUACAGAGUUCAUUUCUGUGGAAAUCUGCGGAGAAAGAAGCGUCUCCAGUCUGAGCCGCACAGAUAAAUACACCUCAUGAUAUUUGAAGGCGAGAGAUUAAGAAAUGUUUAGACAAGGAAUGAUUUUCAAGCUUUGGACGGGGGCAGUUAGUUGUUGAAGCCCCGGCUACGGGACCAUGGAGCUGCUGACUGUUAAUAGAUUCUCUUUGUGUCCUACUAGAAUAUAUCCUCAUGUUUAGGGGACCUGCACCCCUUUAAAUCUCUAUUGAUGCAUUGCGUGCUCUUAAUGUCUUGUUUAACUUUACUGGGGUGUUGUUUGUAUAAGUGUACAGUGGGCAAGUGUGCAUACUCUUCUGCCUUUGUUUACACCUCAUUGGCAUGUGGGUCUGUUGAUGUGUUGAAGAGGGCUUUUUUUUCUUGGCUAAAGUUUUUUCUUUAUCACUUUCCUUACACAAGGAAAAUAUCAGCAGGUGGACACAGACAGUAACCAUACAUGUACAGAUUCACACACAGGCAUGCUAUGAGACCACCUCUGUGGUAAUAUUUACAGGACUGUCACUUAGUUUACCUCUUCAAAAUCCCAUCAGAGAGAUGUGCUGCAUUAAAGGCUCCAUUAAGGGCUUUAAAAUCUCACUUUAGAGGUCUGCGGAAAACAUGUCAGCUUUAGAAGUGCCAUCAGUCUGUUUUUUAAACUUGUGACCAGUCCAUCAUUAGCAGUGAUAUCAAAAUACGUACAAAUAUAUGAAAUGUAUAAGUUGAAUUGUGCUGCUUACACCCUAACCAAUGAUUGUAUAUAAAGAUGGAUGAUGCUUCUACACUUCUGCCCACUGAUGAAAAAUUAAGUUAAAAUACCCCGGAUGCGGGUGCAGCUAUCUUGCGCUGGUGACGUCAUCUGAAGACAGAGUAGUACUGAUUGGGGAGUGGAGCUGUGGUAUCGAGGUCCUGCUAUAAAUGUCUGACCUAUCGCAAGUUAAUCUCAGCUGUUAAUCAUGAGGUUUUAUAACAUCAGUUAACAAAUUGAAAUCCAAAUUAUCAAAAAACAACAACACUCUGACGUACAUCACUGUGAUAAGAAUGACCGUAAAUGAUAGUAACCAAAAUCUAUUUUAUGUUUAUUUUUAAAAAAUUGUUUGGUCCAGGCAGGGUUUAUGACCUCUACAGCCACCAGGGGGUAAUUGAUAUGUUUUGAUACUUCAAUUUUUCGAGCUAUCUUUAUCUUUAUAUGCAGUUAUUGGCUCUAACACAUGGGUUUUGUUUUCAUAUUUGACCAGGUGAAUGGUGCAAGAUUAUUUUUCCUUACAAAUUUAUCCGGAAACUCUCCCGAUAUCAUAUUUAUCCAUCCUCCAGCAUGCUGCACACUGUCAAACUAACUUCCCCUACCUUAUUUAACCUCGCCUUCCUGUCACCAGAACUUUGCUAAUCAAGAGUCUUUGGACUGCGUGCGCAGCUGUUUGCAGUCCCCAUCUGCAAUUCUCCGUCCAGUCAAUUCCCAAACAUACGCAGCAAAUCUGUUUAGGACGGACAUUUGAUCCAAUCUCGAGUUUGCAUCUGCUCCGGUGACGUCCUGUAUCUCCUGUCUGAACCCCCUUGGCAUCAGCAUCUGGCAUUAAUGAGGAAGUAAUGAGUCUCCUCUCCUCCUCAUUUGCUCAUUCAUCUACUGUAACUUCCUAGUGCCUCAGUCAGGGCCCAGCGCGACACUGACAACAAUUAUGACUGGACAGAUGGUCUUAAGGCCACCACACCAUGGCACCCAUUCACAACAGUACUUAAUAAGAUUCUCCCCACUAUGAACAAUGCUUGAAUUUGUAACAGCCAGGGAGAAUUUUGGAGAAACUAGGAAGAGAAAGAAAAAGGAAGCCAAGUUAAAGUUAACAAUGUGAACUACAUCUUUCUAUUUAUUUAACUGAUUUGUUCCUUUCGCGUAAGUGUAUUUUAAAAUUUGCAAAAAAAAGUCUUUACACAAAGAGAUACUGCUGUAUUGACAGUAAACUUGAUCCCAUGGUUUUUCUUCACUGUCAAACAUCUGCUGAUUCUGUAUUUUGCUUUUUGUUUUGAAUGCAUCUUGCUAACCUGACCCCUGAGCAUGCAUGCUUCAUUAUCUUACACAAAUUAAUUAAUUGAGAGUUUAAUUAAUAGCCACUGUCUUAGACAAAAUGGUUACAUCAUCAAAAGUAUGUUUUCAUCUACCUGGUCUUGUUCACACAAUUUGGGCAAAAAUUAUCUCUCCAUUUUAAACUUUACAUAUGGCUGUAGAAAACUUUGUGUAUUUGUCAUCAACUUUCUUUUCUAAUAUUUGUAUAAACUUGUAUUAAGUCACAUUUUCUUUUGUUGAUUUUUGCAUAACACUUGGCCACUUGCAUCCAACUCACUUGCAGAAGUUUAACAGAAGUUCCCAUUAAGAUAAGGUGCCACUCACGUUAAACUGGACGGUCAUAAGCCUGUGUUACCCAAUGACAAGUGACACAAGUGGAAAGAAAAACUUACAGAGGACUCAAACAAACCUCAAGCUGUACCAUUUCCACUUUGGCUCAAAUACAUCUGGAGGCCGUAAAGCUGUUUUCAGGCCAGGAUCCAUUUCAAAAUACACACCAUUCCUGACUCUUGACGUUCAUGUUCCUUUUGAGGUCAGACCUCAUGUAGCCUGAGGUUCAGCAAUAUUUUUGUUAAGCAGAGUUCUCCUGACGUCUUGUUUAUUAAACAGUGUGUGGUGUGAAGCCAAUUUAUAAACACACUCACACAAGACGGAGACACUCUUUUUUCUUUCGAAGCUGCAGGUUUCGUAUCCCUUAGGACACUACAUGCAUAACCCUAAUACCUAAACUCAUGCUAACGCAAGCCUGAUUAUAAGCAGAACCAUUAAACCCAUUUUUCAAACCUACCUUGCUUCGUCCGGACUUUCGAACUUUUUGGUUUAGUCUGAACCAAAACAACAGUUGAGAAAGGUGCCUCGGACCAUGGUCCAGAUCAACAGACAAAAAUUUAGCUCAUCAAAUUAAAGGAAAUUUAGACAGAAAAAAAAAAAGGAAACGACAUGGAAGAGGCUCGCAGGAUUGCUUGCAGUCUUCCUCUCAGACUAUAGACAUUUUAAAUGACAAGGAUGUUCAUUCGACACUUUUGAGAACCAUGAGUACCGUGUUUGUGAUGCUGAUAGUUGUACCAUAAUGUUAUUACAGUGGCAAUUGUAACUAAAUGAACCAGUUCAUUCAUUCACUCUAUACAAAUGGAAAGACUAUACCAGAGGGAUUGACAACACUCCAAUGUCAGUAACAUGCCUGUCUGCUAAUCUAUCAAUGUCAAGUACAGGCAGACGCAGCCCACAUAAGUAAUGAUGAUAGGAUGCAUGUAUGUCAUUCACAAUUCUUUAGUCCGCUACCUAAAUUGCACUGUGACACCAAAGCUAACUGGAUCAAAGGUAAACAAUGUAACAAAGACAUGAACCUUGGUUCAGACCAUGGUCCAGGAUUUCACCCUUAUUAAUUGAGGAAUGCCCAAAACUGAACCCCCCCCAAUAAACCGAACUAAGAAGAAGAAGAAUGUCCUUACUUUCCCAAAAUGUCCUCACUCUGUCAGGUUUAUCACUGGUCCUUACAAAGAUAGAAAUACAAGUACGUACACACACACACACACACACACACACACACACACACACACACACACACACACACACACACACACACACACACAAACAAUUAUGUGCAGACACAUCCUGAUCACGCUCAAUCAAUUUCUUUAUCACUCUUCUCACGCACACACUUGGUCUUGCAUACCCUAUGUUGGGUUGGGCAUGUCCUCGCAUGUCAAGUGCACCGCAGCGGCUCUUAAUCCAAUGUAUGGUCAGACAAACUUUCCUUUGGUCAUUCAUUUAUUUCACACGGUCAUUCUCUUCCAGCAACAUAAGGGCAUCACAGCAUAAUAGGGGAACUCUGUGUUUUUGUUGUGAAAUGUUUCUGUCUAUCAGUUGAAAAGUUAGGACUCUAUAUUUUUCUAAAUAUAUCUAGGAGAUGGAAUCUAUGUAUUUGAAUACUGUAUAUGAAUAUAUCAUCGUAUACGCGUUGUUGGUGGGAGCCAGUGCAGUGGCUUUUAAGUGUUUUGAGCAUGUUUGCACAGCCUACCACAAAUUUGUGUCUUUGCAGACCUGGUGAAAAUGGAUCAAGACCCAUCAAUAAAAUAUACUGGUAAAUGA